GAGAGCAAGUCGGUGAGACGGAGCGAAGGGGCAGUCCCCACUUCGCUUCAAGUUGUCAUUCAGCAACAUCGUUCUAGUCGUCGCCGUCUUCGUCGUCGUCGUCUUAUUCCGAAGAAGGAUCAACUCGUCCACCAUCAACUCCACCACCGACUCCACCACCGACUCCACCACCAACUCAACCACAAACUCUACCACCGACUCAACCACCGACUCAACCACAAACUCCACCAUCAACUCCACCAUCAACUCCACCAUCAACACCAACUCCAACACCAACUCAACCACCAACUUAACCACCAACUCCACCAUCAACUUAACCACAAACUCCACCACCAACUCCACCACCAACUCCACCACAAACUCCACCACCAACUCCACCACCAACUCCACCACAAACUCCACCACCAACUUCACCACCAACUACACCACCACCGACUCCACCAUCGACUCAACCACCGACUCAACCACCAACUCCACCACCACAAACUUCCCAGGACCGGGCCAAGGUUCGCCACCCAACCCAGCCUGCUCGGUCAGGGAAGGUACCCGUGACCUGGCAGAGAGAGAGAGAAUGGUGGUCGCAAUCUACGCUCUGCUUGCCGCGGUGAUGCUGUGUGUGGGUGGGACUCCGGUCACGUCGCCUCCGUGCACCUUGCCGGGGCCGUGGGACAUCCGAUGUCUCCCAGGCUGUUUCUUGCAGCUGGAGACCGGGACCUGCACCCCGUGCCCACACGGCUCCUUCAUGGAGCACACCAACACCGAUCACGCCUGCCGCAGGUGCAGGAGAUGCGACGCAGCAGGUGCCGGCUUCGAGGAGGGGCGGCCGUGCGGUGCGCAGGCCGACGCGGAGUGCCGCUGCCGCCCCGGCCUGCACUGCGUGAGCCCCGACUGCCCGCUCUGCCAGGGGCAGCCGCUGUGCCCCCCGGGGCAGCAGCCCGGGCCCCCCCCGGAGCCCAGCUCCUGCAUCCCCUGCCCACCCGGCUCCUACUCCGACUCCACGUCCGCCACGCUGCCCUGCAGGGAGCACACGCGCUGUGAUGAUCUGGGAAUGUCAACGUUCAUCAACGGAACCCAGGAAGUGGAUGCCAUCUGUCAUAAGCAGAAUUAUCCCAUGGUCCUCAUUGCUUCCGUCGGUGUUGGAGUGAUCGUGAUCGUGAUCGUGGUGAUCUUCAUAACCCUGUUCUUAUACAAAAGACGUCAUCGCUGGUCGCGUCCCAUAAGAUGGUGCCAAACCAAGGAACUGGUCAAUGUGAUCACGCCGCCACCGACAGAAGAACGUCCCCCAAAUGGCGGGACCGUCAUCAACAUCAGGACGGAGCACUGUCAGAUCGGCAACGAGAACGUAAUGAGAAUCAACGGAGGCGAAACCGAGCCGCUUCGUGCAGACACACCGGACGGAGAGGACCCGGACCCCCCUAGUGGGGAAGGGGGGGCAUGAGUGUGAACGUGCACUGUAAACCUUCUGUAUAUUUAACAUAAUGUAUUGUCUGAUUUGUACUAUAGUAUUUGCAUUUUGUAUUCAUAAACUAUUUCCCGCCUAUUCUGGGCAUUACUUGAA